AAUGACCUACCAGGCUAAUUACUUAGAGAUCUCAGUGUAUCUCCCUCCCCUUUCUGUUCCAGUUCCUACUGUUGUUCAUGGUCACAUCCGCAACCAGGAGAAUAGGUUCCAGUUGACCACCUACGACAGCCACUUUGGAGGGAUAACGACCGAUGUCUCGGCCGUGCUCCGCUCUCUACAACCCCAAGAGCUCCAGCAGUUCUGCAGACAUCUACCUGACAAAGAUAAGGAGGUUGUGCAGACACUUUUGCACCGAGUGCCCCCUACCGGCCAGGUGAAGAGAGGUACAAAGUCACCUGUCCUCCCUCCUGUGUUGUACAGGUCAGAGUGGAUGUCUGGCUGGCCCGGGCCCCUGUGAUACUUCACUUUCUGUAGCAUCCCACCACAAACAUGUGACAACCAGAGGCACUGUCCAUUCAACAAGUGCCUUUGUGGAACUGUGUGUACGAGUGUUUAUGCUCUGUUUGUGAGUUUUAUUUGCAGUGUUGUAACUGCCUUGACAUUUCUGAAAAUAAAGCCAAUGAAUCUAAUGCAACGAUA